GCUCGCAAGCGCUUCAAAAUUUUCAAAGGAAUAAAAUAUAUAUCUACAAGAGGGAAGACUGCUCGACGAUUUUUGACUUGAGAAACAAAUAUUGGAUCUUGUCCUCCUCCGAUCUCUACCUCUCUAAUACGAAUGGCCGAAAGUGCGAAGGUCUGGAUGCCGCAAUCGCCAAUGCAGGAGGACGCCCAGCCUGAUGAUAACGUUGGUCCAAAACACUCUUGUUCGUCACCAAAAGAUGUGUGCAACAAGGAGAACAUAUGCACCGCUCAAGAGGACAAUUUGGAUGUGCUGGCCUCUUCUAAAGAGACCCUAAUGCAGACAAAGAGGGCUAAAAGGGGUGGAGGAUAUAACUUGAGGAAAAGCUUAGCCUGGAACCAAGCUUUCUUUAUGGAAGAAGGUGUCCUGAAUCCACUAGAAUUGUCCAUGCUAAGCGGUUCUGUAACCAAGUCAAGCGGGAGCUUUCUCUCUGGGAUCAGUGGGGAGAUGUCACCACUGAUGGAGUACCAGAAAUCUGGUGAUAGGAAUGAUGUUGAAGUAAACAUAAAUAAUAAAUCUCAAACAAAAUCUGAAAAAGAUUUCAAGGAUGGCAAAUUAUUUUCAAAUUCAGAAGCUUUAAUCAAAGAGGGGCAACGGCUACAUGCUUCUGGAAAGAUGCACUCUGGCAAAAGCAUUGCCAAAAUUGUGCCACAAUCACCAGCUUCAAUUUUACAGAAAAGGGUUGCAAAUACAAAUGCAACAAAUCCAACAUCGAAACUUCCAAAAUUCGUGCCUACAAGGUCACAUGCUUAUUCUCUACCCAUGACUUCCAGAAAUAUCAUUUCAACUCCAAAGAGCUUCAAGACUAACCAUACAGCUAGAGCUAUUUUUGCUGCAGUUAAUGUUGACCAUGGCAUUGGUACAAGGGGAUUUUCUUCAAAUAAAAGAAUGGAACCUGGUUGUCCACCCUCAUCAGCUAAAUCUUCUUCACAUGAUCUUAGCAAGCACUUGGUUCCACUGGCUGAGAAAGGUACUGCUGGUUUUAAGAUGAAUCCACAUUCAUCUGGCUCUGGCAUGGCAUCUUCAUUAUAUCGCCAAAAUUCCUACCAAGUUAGCAGAGGACCUCCCUUGCCAGCCCAUGUAAAACCAUCAGCACUGCGACUGCCUUCACCAUCUUUAGGAUUUUUUUGCCAGGGAAAAUUUUCUCCUUCCUAUUACAACCAUUCCCAGAGAAAUAUUCAACAGCCAAUGCCCAGUAUUCCUCCUCUUAGAAAGCCUAUUAGUCUAAAAAAGACUGAUGAGCUGAGACCUGCACCUUCAACUGGGCGAGAAUGUGCAGAGGGCCCUGUUUCAUCAGAAUCUUGUGCUAGGACUGUAGUUGUUGGCAGCUUGCAAGCAUCUUCAGCUGCAAACUCUUUGUCUUGUUCCACUGCAACUGUUGAUACACAUCCAUCUAUGAAAGAGAAUACUGGAACGAAAAAAAUGGAUAUGAUGAAUAACAGAACUUCUGGUUCGUGUUGCCAAACAAGCAGUCAAGAUCAGUUAGGCAGCAGUUGUUUCUCAGUUCGUGUCAACAUUGACAAGCAGUCACACAUGUUCUCUUUAGGAAAACUUGGUCGUCACGAGGAUAACUUUAUGUUGCAGAUUGACACAAAAUCUUCAGUCCAAGAAAGUGGAUUGAUUUCUGAGAAUAGUAAUGAUGCUGACCCAUCUACCGUAGAAUCUAGUGAAAGUAAAUUAUCAUCAUCCAAGUUUUCAUCACAAAUGUGUCCAAAGAAACUUGAAGGAAGUGAGUCAAAGCAACUACACGAAGGUGAUUCAGGAGUUGAUAAUCUGGAAAAGCAUCCACUGGUAGGAAAUCUGGGUGAUGAGAGUUCUCUCUUAAGCAAGGACAAACAAUCAGCUGGAAACUCUGAUUUGAUCUCAAAUGCAGGAUUUGGUUUCACAGCUAGAAAUGCUGACUUAGCUGCUUCACCGAAAACUGAAUCAUCCUUAAAAUUGAGUAAAGAGCAAAUGGCAGGUGCCAGUAUUUCUUGUAGCACAGAAUUGGAUUGUUCUUUAGAUGAGAAAAUGUGUACACAUGUUCAGAUCAUAGAUCAAGGAAGUGUCCGCCUGGCCAGUGGAUCAAGCAGUUCCUUGUCAGAGGAAUCUCAAUCUACAUUUUCUGAAGACAGGAAAAUUCAAGAUUGCCAAGCACAGUCUGAAGCGAAGAAACUGAUGGACUCAAUGGAAGACAAAGAGUUGAUGCCAAACAAGAGUAAACUAAUGGACAGACUAAAGCUGGAUUUUGUUCCACCUAGACAUCAGUUACAUGCUGUACCAUUCUCAGAUGAAUGGCUAGCUGCUCUUGAGGCUUUUGGGGAGGAGAUUCUGGAACUGAAAACGGGUCCUGUGCAAAAUUCUCCACCUGACAGAGCUCUUCCAGAACCUGGUCCAUGGUCACCGGUGAAACGGAAAGCUAAAGACAUUGGACCAUAUGACUGUACUAAAUAUUUGAAAAACACGUCAACCUCAGAGUCCCACUAAAAUGUUCCAACAUCAAUGCAACUGCCGCUUUUCAACAGCUCUUGGACUUUCCAUUUUAGAUGUAGCGACUGCAUGUACGAGGCGAGGAAGCUCUUCUUCAUGGCCUUAACAUUUAUUUGUACCUACCACGCUGAGCACCUAACUGUAUAACUUCUCGAGCUAGUUAUAAUUGAACACAUUUGUUCUUCAACAGUAAACCAGAACCAGACCGUGAGACAAGUAACCAUUGCAAAAGAAAACAACAGUUUUGUCAAUGAAGUCUAAACAUUUGCUUGGACUUUGAGAUA